GGGAUUCAGGAAUGUUUCCUAUGACACACGGUCAUCUCACGUCUGCAGACACACAGAUGCCGCGGCAGGCCGCUCGUGCCAAAACCAUUAACACAGUAAAGACUGGAGAACCAGCUCGGAUUAAACCACAGCCGCUCGUCUGCAGAUACCGCAAAGAUCCCAUGAGACGGCUGAACACAUCAACAGGGUAAAAGAAGAAACCCUUCGUGAGCUGAAAGCUGUUUGUUCUCCAGUUACCUGAGGGACUGGCAUGGAUGGGGAGCCCAAAAUCAAGGAGGAACCUAAAGAGACAGCCAAAUUAUUAGCUGAAGCCUGGAAACUUUGAGGAGAAACUUUGCGCUCUGUCUGACAGGACAGAAGAGACGGAGACACAGGCAUCAUUGUGAGUCCAGGGAGGAUGAGGACGCUGUGCUCUAGUCGGGUUCUGCAGCGGUGGUUCUUUGCUCUGUUCUUACUGUGUUCUCCUGUUCCUCACCACGGCAGGCCCGUCGAUGCCCUCAGCAGCCGAAUGAGGCGUUCAGUGACUCACGCUCAGCUGAUGCAUGAUAAGGGCCGGUCGCUGCAGGACCACAAGAGGCGCUCGUGGCUUCAGGGGCUUCUGGAUGAAGUCCACACGGCUGAGAUCCGGGACGUCCCGCAGCCCAGGGGAGGCGUGGCCAGCAGCGGAGGGGGCGGCGGCCUCAUGGUUGCCAUUCCAAUGGGAGUGGGCGUGUCCAUAGGAACUGGAACCGCCCACCCCAAACCAGCUGGAGGCACCAAGAACCUGUCGAUCAGCUUCCGUCUGGAGGACGAGGAGGGAACCAACCUCCCGCAGGAAACCAACAAGUCCCAAACAUACAAGGAGAGCACGCUGAAGGCCAUCGGCAAGAGGAAGAAGAAAGGCCGAGCGGGGAAGAGGAGGGAGGGAGAGAAGAGGAAGAGGAGGGCUCGAUCGCUCAUCAGUGCUUUCCUCCUGGACCAGCACUAAAACACUGUCAGUCUCUGACAACGAUCCGUGAGGACUUUUGAAGUGAACACCUAAAUGUUCAUGCAAACGUGAGAGGAAAAUAUUUAUUGUCUGUAAAUAUUACAACGCUCCCGAACAGCGACGAAGAUAAAUAACGAUACUG